GCCUGGAAUCAGGCAGCAACCUCGGCCGAGCGCGCCGUCUCCCGCCGCCUCCGCACCAUGGACCCCCGCAAAGUGAGCGAGCUUCGGGCCUUCGUGAAAAUGUGUAAGCAGGACCCCAGCGUUCUGCACACCGAGGAAUUGCGCUUCUUGAGGGAGUGGGUGGAGAGCAUGGGGGGUAAAAUACCACCUGCUACUCAUAAAACUAAAUCAGAAGAAAAUAUCAAGGAAGAAAAAACAGAUAGUAAGAAGGUGGAGGAAAACGUAAAGACAGAUGAACCAUCAAGUGAGGAAAGUGAUCUGGAAAUUGACAAUGAAGGUGUGAUUGAACCAGACACUGAUGCCCCUCAAGAAAUGGGAGAUGAAAAUGUAGAGAUAACCGAGGAGAUGAUGGAUCAGGCAAAUGAUAAAAAAGUGGCUGCCAUUGAUGCCCUAAAUGAUGGUGAACUACAGAAAGCCAUUGACUUGUUCACAGACGCCAUCAAGCUGAAUCCCCGCUUGGCCAUUCUGUAUGCCAAGAGAGCCAGUGUCUUCGUCAAAUUACAGAAGCCAAAUGCUGCCAUCCGAGACUGUGACAGAGCUAUUGAAAUAAAUCCUGAUUCAGCUCAGCCUUAGAAAUGGCGAGGGAAAGCGCACAGACUUCUGGGCCACUGGGAAGAAGCAGCCCAUGAUCUUGCUCUUGCCUGUAAACUGGAUUAUGAUGAAGAUGCUAGCGCAAUGCUGAAGGAAGUUCAACCGAGGGCUCAGAAAAUUGCAGAACAUCGGAGAAAGUAUGAGCGAAAACGUGAAGAGCGAGAGAUCAAAGAAAGAAUGGAAAGGGUGAAGAAGGCUCGGGAAGAACAUGAGAGAGCCCAGAGGGAGGAAGAAGCCAGACGACAAUCAGGAGCUCAGUAUGGCUCUUUUCCAGGUGGCUUUCCUGGGGGAAUGCCUGGUACUUUUCCUGGAGGAAUGCCUGGAAUGGGAGGGGGCAUGCCUGGAAUGGCAGGGAUGCCUGGGCUCAAUGAAAUUCUUAGUGAUCCAGAGGUUCUUGCAGCCAUGCAGGAUCCAGAAGUUAUGGCAGCCUUCCAGGAUGUGGCCCAGAACCCAGCAAAUAUGUCAAAAUAUCAGAGCAACCCAAAGGUUAUGAAUCUUAUCAGUAAAUUAUCAGCCAAAUUUGGAGGUCAAGCAUAAUGCCCUUCUGACACAUAAAGCCCUUGCUGAAGGAAAAGCAACUUAGAUCACCUAAUGGAUGUCGCAAUAAUCCAAACCAGUGUACCUCUGACCUUCUCGUGAAGAAAGCUGGGGUGCUUGGAAGAUAAUCCCUACCCCUCUGCCCCAAAUGCAGCUGAAAGAUUUUACAGUGGUUUGCCAUUAGGGUAUUCAUUCAGAUAAUGUUUUCCUACUAGGAAUUACAAACUUUAAACACUUUUUAAACCUUAAAAAUAUUUAAAAACAAAUUAAAAGGGUGUGUUAAA